CUCUCUUCCUGAACUCCAAGUCUGAAAGCAAGAACUCACUCGAUCCUCACCAUCCUCAAAUCCACUCACCCUGAAACUGCGAAAGCUCAAGCGGUCAACCAAAGACCCCCCCAAAGGAAAAAUGGGAAGCAGAUUGGGGCGGCGAGUCGUCCACUUCGCGAACCUGCCCAUCAAGCUCCUGAUGCCCGCCUCCUUCACCAACAUCACCGAGAUCGCGCUAAAGACCGUCCCUUCGGCCUCCAAGAUCGAGAUCAAGCGCGUGCUUGAGUCCCUCUACGGCUUCGAGGUCGACAAGGUCCGCACGCUCAACAUGGAGGGCAAGAAGAAGAAGCGGGGCGGGCUGCUGGUCGCGAAGCCCGACUACAAGAAGGCCUACGUCACGCUCAAGAGCCCGCUCUCCGUCUCGCGGGACCUGUUCCCGAUCCGCGCGGUCGAGGAGGACAAGAGGAGCAUGAACAAGAAGGGCGAGUCGAGCAUGGUCGAGGAAGGCGAGAGGAAGAGGCAUUGGCUGGAGGGAGAUAAUGGUGAGAGGAGGAAGAAGGAGAAGGAGUUUGGUGAGAGAGUCAGAGGGAGUGGUGCCAAGUUCCCUUGGAGUUUCAUGAAGUCUGGUAGGUAGAGCGGUUUUUUUUUUUUUUUUUUGGGUGGGCAUUUCUUGGGAAUUUUUUAGGUGUUCUGGUUAUUAGUGUAACCAUCAGUUUACGACAUGGCUUGGUCGCAUUUGGUACUUUUCGUUAAUAACAUGUUCUCUGUUCAUUGAUGUGUUUUGAA